AUGUAUCCCACAGGAGACCGGGGCCGCUCCGUAUCCCUUGCUUCCCCGUCGCCCACUUCAGCGGGGAUAUCAGCCGAAGUUGGCUUGCCGGAUUUAGACGCCUACGCUGUUUCUGGAAGUCGGCGAAGUCGGGCGUCCCUGUCUCUUCCAUUGCCCUCACGACACUCCUAUCAUGACUCAACUCUUGCCUAUCAGGGAGACGUCGCCGCAGCGGAAGCUGCCGCCGACGCUGCCCUUGCUGUGGCCGAAGCUGCAGCCGAAGAAGCCUCAGCAGCAGCGGCAGAAGCUGAAGCCGCUGCAAUUGUUGCAGAGAAGGAGGCAGCGGCUGAAGAGGCGGCUGCGGCAGCUGCUCAACAUGCCUUUGCCGCUGCGGCGGCGGGGCUGGACCCGGCAACGGCGGCUGCAACGGCAGCGGCAGCCGCCGCCGUCUCUGUAGGAGACGAUCCAGCACUCGCCGCAGCCGCAGCCGCAGCUGCUGCCGCUGCUGCAGCCGCCGCUUACGGGGGCAUUGGCACCACCCAUCCGGAACUGCAACGGCAGCAGCAAACGCAAGCGCAGCACGGUCAGGUCUUCAGGUAUACCGGAGUUCCCGAGAGAGAUGCACCCCUCUCAGAAGGAGAGAUUACACCUUCCAAGGAACCUGGACGUCAAAUGCCCCAUACGGCUGUCGAUCCUGUCGCCGUUGCGCCGGCAGUUUUGAGCCGGCAGCAGAGCACACGCGGUGGAUUGAACAUGGAGGGCCGGGGCGACGGUGUACAGGAAGGCCGACUUGAAUAUCAAGGCGAAGCGGAUCAAAAUGCAGCAUUGCUCCCUCGGCAUGUGCAGCAGACAGAUUUCCUGAAGGAAUGUCAAGCACGAUUCGAAGAGCAACGGGACCAGUUACUAGCACAGCAGGAGCAGCACGAGCAACUCCUUGAGCGGCAUCGACAGGCUCAGGAGCAGAUACGAGAGGCACUGGUAGAUGUACGAGCUGCGCAGGGUAAUAUGGAACAGCAACAGCUGCAGCUUCGGCAGCAAACACAACAGGCUGCAACAGUAGUGGCUGCGGCUGCAGAGGCUGCUGAAGAAGCAAGUGCAAAAGCAGCGGCCGCCGCAGCAGCGGCCGCAGCGACAGUGGCUGCCGCGAAGUCUAUCAAAGAGAGAACAGCGACAAUGAGCUGCAACCACGUAAUGGACGGUCAGACCAGAGAGCACGUGACUCUCGACGAGCUCGGGCAUGACCCAAAAGGCCUGGAUCCGAUUCUUGACGGACUUUUGUCGCUGCUGGCAGUCGAGCAGGGAAUCGAUGAGUUCCGCCCCGCCGGGGCGCUAAUCGAUGACGAUGAAAGAUCAGACCUUGGAUCGUACGUUCAACUGCUGGUAGCGGACGAAGACGACGAAGGAGUGUGCAUGAGGCCCAGUACCGUUGCCGAUCCCCGUUCAAAACCCGUGCGGCACCAGAAUGGAGUCAACGCUGAUCAUCGUCAACUCGGACAUCGCAAGGAAAUCGAGAAGCCGAACGAACCGCAAACGGAUACGCCUGCGGUCUUUCCGACCCCGUUGCGCCGGUCGCCUCGACGCCGACAUUCUUGCCGCGGCUGUAACUGUUGGGCGCUAUGUUGUAACCUCCUAAGAAUUGCAAAUGACACAAUUGAAAGCUGA